AUGAGUGGAUUAGUAGAUGAGUAUUUUUUUGAAUAUGAGUAUUUUUUUUUGAUUUGUAGGAUGGUGUGGCUUUUGAAUGAUGUUUAUGACGUUGAACACCAGGCCUAUUUGAUGUCGGAGAAGAAAAUGGAGCUUACGCCCUUGAAGAUCCGGUCUCACGGGGCAUCGACUGUAAUGCAGUACGAUGAGCGGUACACACCAUACAUCGAGAUGACAGGACUCCUUCCAUUCAUUCAGCUUGUGAGUCGGUCAACGCCCAAUCUGAAUGCUGCGGCAGUCACUGCACUUAUUGAUCGAUGGAGGCCGGAGACACAUAGUUUUCACCUCCGGACCGGAGAGAUGAUAGUUACUCUUCAAGAUGUUUCCAUGAUCACCGCACUUCUGAUCGAGGGGAAGCCUCUUUGUAUGAGCACUGAUUCCGAGGGAUGGCGGCAACAAAUGGAGGCCCUUAUUGGUAUGUCGCCUCCAGAGCCGGAGGUAGAAGAUGGAGGGAAGAAAGAUAGAGUCCCGGCCGGCGCUCCUUUCACUUGGAUUGCCGCCAACUUUUCUCAUUGUCCUGAGGACGCAAAUGACGAGGUGAUCCAGAGGUAUGCUCGCGUGUACAUGUGGUACGUCAUCUCUAGGACUAUCUUCGCUGACGGCACUGACAAGAAUGCUCCAUGGAUGUGGCUGAAGGCAUUGACUGUUUUCAACAACAAGUUCAGUUGGGGCUCGGCCGCACUGGCUUACUUGUAUCGGCAGGUAAUAAAUUGUUAAUAGUAAGUACUCUCUGUUAUCCUUUUCUGCAAAACUGAUGCAUGUUUGUUGUUACUUGUAGUUGGA